AUGAAAACUUGUGACAAAGGUUUCAGCAAAAAGUUGAAUUCGCUUCUUUGUUGCUGUGGUAUGGAAAUUAAGAUGAAUAAUGAACUGUUAAAGGAUGCUACGGUUGGAUUGAAGAAAAACAUAAAGGAAAUUAACAAAGAAAUAAAGAAUCAAAGUACUAUUCUUGAAAUUAUAGAAAAUAAGGCGGUCGAAAAUGCACACAACGUGGUUAAGGCCCGCAAUAAGUUUGAAAAAGCGAUAGAAAGUUUGAAGAGCGAUUAUAGGAACUUUAUAAUUUUGUUUCUGUGCUCCGUGAUCGUGGUACUUUUUAUAGUUAUUUUUUAA